AUGAGUCUGUUGUUUGUCGAUGACGAUGAAAUGGUUGAAGAGAGGAGAGGGUAUAGACCAUCAACAACUACAAUAAAGGAGGAGAAUGAUGAGGAUGAGGUUAUGUCCUCUUAUGGAGCAAAUCAAGAACAUACAGAUUAUCAAACUGAGCAAACUGCAAACGACGAUGAAGAUGAUGAUCCAAUAAUAGAGUCCAUUCCGCUAGUCAUUAAUCAAGUACCUUCACCAGAAACACAAUCCUUACACCUUCUACAAUAUCCAGGAAGACCCAAAACUCGUCCACUUUCCAACACGCCAGUUUCUGCAUCAAUCAAACCAGAUUCACAUUACCUCGAUUUAAAACUACCCAUUGAUCCAACAAAGUUUUUCAACCUACGUAAGGUUGACGAAUGGGGUGAAUCCAUUGAUAAACAAUCAAUUUCAGGUGUAUUGGAUCCAGCAGAACAAGGAAUUUAUGCUGCCAAAGUUGUCAACGAUGGUCUCGAGCGUAAAAUAGUGUUGAUCCCUGUUGAUUCAACUGCACAACUACGUACAUCUUUCAAAUACAUUGAUGAUUUAGAUAAAGAAACAUUACAACAGCGGAAAUUGGAAGCGCAACAAGAAAGACAUCAAGAACGAGCAAAUGUACAAAUUUUACAAACUGCUGCUAAACAUUCGACUCAGAAUCAAGAUGCUCAUAGUCAUUCUUUGGGUGAUUCAUUGAAAUCCAUGAAGAGAUUCGAUGAAGAGGAAUGGAAGCGUUUGUCUUGGAAAACAGAAGAUGUUCUGGUUGAGAGUUUGAAACUGCAAUUGAGGGACGGGGCUGAUGGGAUCCAAUUAAAGAAUGAGACAACUUAUAGUGAAUUUAUAGACCAUUUAUAUAGCUAA